AAUUCUCCUCUUCCAGCUCUCCUAUCUGCAUCUUUACGUUCCUCCCGAGUCGUAUGCCUCUUCCUCGCCGAGGUACAUCAUCAUCGUCGAUCGUUCCCACGAUCACUGUCGCGGCCACCAGCGGUCGAGGAGGCAGCAACAGCAGCAGUCGCCGCGUGUACUCGUCGCGUGCUCAGAUCGGACGACUUGGACGACUCGACCAAGAGUCAACGGGCGCAGAAAUCGCACGAUCUUGGGACUGAUACCGCCGCGUCGUGAGAGGGAUCCAUGAGACAUGCUCUGAUCAGCGAGGGGUGCACGUUUUCUCGGGCGACGAGCAAGAACGACGACGAAGACGAUCGGCGCUAGAGAAAGAGAGAAGUAAAAGCGCGCUAUUUUUUUUAUCCGGAUCGUACCAGCAUCUCCGGUACAUAAUAACGGCCGACGAUCCGACCGGCACACUUAGCGCACACCGCGAGAGGAGGACCGACUUUCUCCAGUUGCAGUCGAGUCGCGCGCGCGCGAGGCAGCGCUUCGAGGUCGCCGCGAGAAAACGCCGCCGCGUGCCGCGAGGACGAGGUGGACCGUACGCGCGACUCGUUGAAUGAGGCCUCGAAAGAAGCCACUUUGACAAGUCGGUUGUUGCCCGUGCAUGACGCAGCGUGUCGCCUUCUCAAAGGCGUAUCCAGACGCUGCGAAACACGAGGAGAGAGGCACCGCGCCGAAAGAAAACACGCGUUCGCAACUUCGCGCCUCUUGUGUGCUGUGAUCUCGGGGUGAACGCUCGGUGAGAACGUCGCCAUUCAGAAUGAGGGUGCAUCGCGGGAUCUGCGCCAAACUCCAGAGCGGCUUCCUCAGACGAUGGUGGGCAGCCGUUGCGUGCGGAGUUCUGCUGAUAAUUCUGGCCGCCGUCCUGGCCGUCCUGUUUCCGAAUCUCAUCAACCUGGUCCUGGACAAGGAGCUCGUGAUACGAGAAGGCGGCCGCACAUUCAAGUUCUGGAAGGAGCCGCCGGUCGUGCCGCGUAUGCAAAUUUACAUCUACAAUGUGACGAACGCCGACGAGUUUCUGAACAACGGUGAGAAACCGGCGCUGCAAGAGCUGGGCCCGUACGUUUAUGAGCAACACUGGGAAAAGGUGGACAUUAAAUUCAACGAUAAUGGGACUGUCAGCUACCAUGUCAAGAAGACGUUCGUAUUCAAUACGGAGCUGUCAUCUGGCUCCGAGGACGAUCUGGUGGUCGUGCCGAACGUUCCUAUGCUCUCGGCUACAAGUCAAUCGAAACACGCCGCUCGUUUCCUGCGACUAGCGAUGGCGUCCAUCAUGGAUAUUCUGAAGAUCAAGCCGUUCGUCGAGGUGUCGGUCGGCCAGCUGCUCUGGGGCUACGAGGACCCCCUGCUCAAGCUGGCCAAGGACGUCGUGCCCAAGGAGCAAAAGCUACCGUACGAUCAGUUCGGUCUGCUCUACGGCAAGAACUCGACCGGAUCGGAUCUGUACACGAUAUUCACGGGCUCGACCGACAUCACCAAAUUCGGAUUAAUGGACAGAUGGAAUGGCAAGGACGCCCUCGGCUUCUGGACCACGCAGGAAUGCGACUCCAUCAUGGGCAGCGAUGGCAGCAUAUUCCCGCCUCAUAUCACGAAGCACACCGUGCUCAAGGUCUUCGACAAGGACCUCUGCCGGACGUUGCCGCUGGUCUAUCAGCGUGACGUGAUAGCCGCUGGAGGAAUCCCCGGCUACAGAUUCUCCCCGCCGACGAAUGUCUUCACCUCGGUGGAGAAUCUGCCGUCGCAGAAGUGUUACUGUCCGGCUGGACCACCGUGCGCACCGGAAGGCACCUUCAACGUCUCCAUGUGCCAGUACGAUUCGCCGGUUCUCCUCACUUUCCCGCAUUUCUAUCUUGCUGAUCCGGCCUUACGAGAAGCAGUAACUGGUAUCUCGCCACCGGAAGCCGAAAAACAUCAACUCUACAUCGACGUGCAGCCGACAAUGGGCACGGCUAUGAAGGCGCGAGCGAGGGUGCAAAUAAAUCUCGCGGUCAGCCAGGUGCGAGAUAUCAAGCAGGUCGCUUCGUUCCCGGACAUCAUUUUCCCCAUUAUGUGGUUUGAAGAUUGCGUCGACGAGCUACCCGCGGAGAUGCGCUCCCUGAUAAAGCUGGCGGUGGAGCUGCCGCCGGUGGCUCAUGCCGCGGUAUCCGGUGCUCUGGCUGCGAUCGGUGCGAUCGUCUUACUCGGUGCACUCUUGUGUCUGGCACGCGCCGCCAAACGCCAGGAGAAGCUGCACCUGAGCAACCCGCUGCCGGCGAACGCGACGAGCACCAAGAGCGGCCAGCUGAAUCCAGCCUUCAGCAAGUAGAGUCUAGUCUCGAUCGCUUAAACUUGUACGAUAAUUUUACUUUAAGUUAUAGAGAGGCGACGGGCAUGUGCUUUAUAUCUCGAUCCCUAAUCGAGAUAUAAAGCACAUGCCCGUCGCCUCUCUAUAACAUAAGUAAGAUUAUCGUACAAGUCCUCGCGAGGGGGUAGCGCGCGCGAAACUCGCGGGGCGGAACUACGAGCACAUUCUCGAGCACUCCGUCUCGAUUUCUUUGUUUCGCGAUCGAGACUCGCGAGAGCGUGAAGAAAGGGGGAAGAGAGGAAGGGGAGGGAGAGGCUCGUCCGCCGCGACGUGAAUUUUCUUAUCGCUAUCUCGCGGACGGCCGAUACGUUAGAUUUAUUUAUGUUACGUAUGUUUCUUCUCGGGAUGGUAUUUUGUCAGACGAUGCUAAUAGUAGCGCGAGUACAAAUUAAUUAUCGUGAGCGGCGGCUGGCGAUGGCUUUCGAGAUCUGUGGAGCGGGAGGAUAUUCGACAUUUGGCAUUUUAUUGCACAACAUUUAAAUAUCGACUGAUCGUUCCUCUGUGAACGAGCUAAUUCAUCUAAAAAAAAAUACGCUUUGAAAUAUCUGCCAACGUUAAAGUCAAGGCUCUCUCGCAACGAAAACAUCGCGCUUUGUUUAUUAAUCUCUUCCACUGUUGACUUCUCAAUCGAUCGAUAGAGUCUCAUUUAUAUUAUCUUUAUAUAUCUAUUCAAUAUUCUUUUACUAUACACAGAAUAACCGUAAACUAUUCGACGAACUAGUUAUCCUACAAUAUUUUCUUGCGAUACUGCACGGAAAUAGAAAAUUGAAGCGAAAUUAUUGUUUCGAAGCGUUCGGCGAUUGAAAUAAAUGUGAUGAUGCCGUUCUUUUUAUCAGAACUAUUAAUAUUUAUAAUGGAUUGCUCCUUGCUCCACACGAUCGAAUCGAUCCUCAAGGAUCGCCGUUUUAAUCGCGCGCAGCAAUUAUCACGGCGAAUACUGACGUAAGGAUCAAAGAUAAAAUUAAUAUUCAGUCUGUAACGUUCCGUCCCGAGGUCAAGCUUCGUACACGACUUCAAUUUGGAUUGCACGAGCGUGUUUGCGACGAGUAGUUUGUGUAAUCGAGACGCAGCAACAGCGGAACGACAGAAAUCUCUUUUUCUGUACAUAGAAAAUAAAAUCUGACCGUCGUUGUCAUCUACCGAUUGUAAUUACCAAGAAUGUACUAUUUCUCGUUAUUCGUUUGUACAUGUAUUAUUAUAAGUAAUAUUAGUAGACGUAGAUUUUAAUUAGAUUUAAUAAAGAAAUUACUUUUGUAUGAUAAAAAUCAAAAGAUCGAACGAAUCGCGCGCGCGCGCGCACGAAAAAUCUGGUUAUUGGUGUCAGUGUAAUCGUUAUGUAGGUGUAUAAUUAUAUUCUUUCUCAAUUUUACUAACUCAAAAAUCACGCGCGUAAACUCUGUAAGAAAGACAAUUUAUCAGCUUGUUGCAAAAGAUUUGUCAAUUUUCCCAUCAAAUUUCGUAUUAUGUAAAUGAAAUUAUAAAACUUAAGUGCCUUGAAAAGAGAAUGGAAAACUUGUUACCGUCCCGUGUUGCAUAGUUGCGCUUCUAUUUUGCUGAAAUUAUGUUUCCUACUAUAUUUUGAUGAAUCUUUUAUAACAACUUGAUAUUUUAAUAUAAAUUCCAGAUCUGUAAGAAAGAGAAGGAGAGAAAGGAAUAGGAACUCUCACCUUUUACUUAUUGCUCACGUCUUAUUCUUAUGUAUCUCUUCUCUUUCGUCCUGAGAAUUUUUCCAAGUGUUUUCGAAUUUUCUUUCUCCUUUUCUCGUUCCUCUCGCGACGAGGAACGGGGGGAGGAUUAAGGACUCGUUCGAGAGGUGAACGCAGGAGAAAUGAGGAAAAUAUAUGAGAUAGAAUUAA